ACAAAACCUCCAAAAAUCCACGGCCACCCACAUGAUUGAUGUCAUGAAUUGCAGAUACAUUGUCCAUGCACAGGGAAAUGCAAAUAUUGGUUCUGUCCAUCAAGAAACACUGAGCGGCAAAAGACCAAGCCAGAAGCUCCAGGGCAUUGAUGUGAAGGUGCGCAUUGUCUGGUGCCCAAUGGCCAGUGGACAUACCCUUGCAGUGAGCACUUCAUCUGUGAAGGCUGGCAUUCGAGUCUAUGGUAAAGUCCAGCUUAGUCCUGAAGAUAGCCUGCAGUUCCAUGUAGACAAGUUUUCUCCUGUGUUGUUGUCGAGAGUAACAAGGUACACAUAUGAGGUGCCGCUGCAUAAGUGA